AUGAGCCGUUUUCUACUACUGUUCUGGAAAUGCAUUUUUCUAGCGAUUUUUAUGCUUCAAAUUCAAUGUGAAAAUCUGGUGAACCACAGUCUGGAUACAGUAAUCCGUGUGAAACGCCUUCAGCUUCCUGGAAACUCGACUACAGUAACCGCAGGACGUACAGUACUCCAAAAUUUGACUGCAAUAAUCCAAGGAUCCAAUCAUACCGCUACAGUAGUCGGAAAUUCGAGUACAGUAACCCUGGGAAGCACUGUAAUCCCUAAUGGAUCGCCUACAGCUACAGUAAGCCAAAAUCAAACUACAGUAGGAUCAACCGCAGAGAGUACUGUAGCCAACUCAUCUACAGUAACCCAGCCGAUAGUAUUUGAAAGUACGGUAUCUACAGUAAUCCCUAAUAGUACCGUAAUCCUAUCGGCUGGAUAUAAAGGUACUGUAGCUACAGCAGGGUCGCCUACAACCCAAGAAACUACAGUAACUCAUCCUACAGUAUCCCGAAAUUCAACUGCCGUAGGAAGUACCGUAGGAUCAAAUUAUACAGUAACCUCGAAUAAAGCAGUGGUAUUUGGGAUUACGGUAGCUACAGUAGGCUCAACUCCAGAUGGUAGAAAUGUUUCUGCAGUAACCCAGCAUACAGUAGUCUGGAACAAUGGAUCUACAGUAACCUCGGGGGGUACAGUAGCCCAAAAGGAUUUCGUAGAAUUGACUACGGCAUCUACAGUAUUCCAGCCAGCUACUGUUGUUCCUGGAGGUACAGUAAACCAGUCUACAAUAUCCCAAAACAGUACGGCAUCCACCAACGGAUCAUCUACAGUAACCCAACCGGUUACGGUAGCUACAGUACCUUUUGGAAAUACAGUAACCAAGGAGGCAACUACAGUAACUGCAAAUCACACUACAGUAGAUCAAAGAGCUACAGUAGUCGCAGGAGUUCCAGUAACCCAGUCUACAGUAUCCCAAAAUAGUACGGCAUUAACCAACGAAUCAUCUACAGUAACCCAACCGGUUACGUCAGCUACAUUAGCUUCGGACGCUACAAUAAUCCCUGAAAGUACUGUAACCCAACCUACGGUAGCUGGUACCGUAGCUACAGUGGUCCCUGGAGGUCCAGUAACCCAAUCUACAGUACCUGAUACGGUAGCUACAGUUACUGCCCAGCAAACUAUCGUAACCCAGCCCAAAGUUCCUGGUACGAUAGCCACAGUAACCCAGCCGACAGUACCGGAUACCGUGGCUACAGUGGCUACAGUAAAAUACAGUAACCCGUCGGCAAUUACAGUAACCCAAGAUCCAGCUAAAGUGAUCCAAAAAGCUACAGUAGUCCCUGGAGGUCCAGUAGUUCAGUCUACAGUACCUAAAAAUGGAUCGUCUACAGUAACCCAACCUGAUAAAGUAGCUACAGUAACCCAAGCUACAGUAACCGAUUCGAUUGCAGUAACCCAACCUACAGUACCUAUUAGGGUUGUUACAGUAGUCACAGUGGACACUACGGUAAUCGAAGACUCGACUACAGUAACCCAACCCACCGUACCGGAUACAGUUGGCACAGUGACGCAGGAAGCGACUACAGUAAUCCGACAAGCUACAGUAGCCCCUGGAAGUCUACUAAAUCAACCUACAGUAAUCACAGAAAAAACCAUAGUAACCCGAUCUACAGUUCCGGAUACAACAGCUACAGUAACCACAGAAGAAACUACCAGCACGGUAGCUACGAUAACUGAAGAAACCACUGAAAGUACAGUAACCCACGAAACAGAACCUUCAACCACCUGGACGGAUUCAUCAUCAUCAUCUACAGAGGUUACUGCACCGGGUACUGUGCCGGAUACUGUAGCCACGACUGAGGAGCCACUGAUUACUGUAGUUCCAAACCCGGAUAUUUCAAAAUCGACAACUCCGAGUAGUCCACAAGCCGAAGCUCUGAAAGCUACGGGAAAAAAUGCGGCGGAGAAGUUGAAGGAGACAGAAUUCAAAAACAAAGUAUUCGCUUUCGAAUUGACGACAAGUUUUGUGUUGGUGGUGGCAAGUAUUGGAGCCUAUGUGGCAUCGUUUUUGGCCUAUAAAUAUGCCAAAAAAGUGACGUGUCUGAAGAAUAAGAAGAAAAAGAAGUUGCAAAGAUCGAAGAGAACCAAGAGGGCCAAGAAGAAGCAGUGA